AAUUAUUUGUGCUUUGCAAAUCCAAUCGAGAAGACGAAGUGUUGAAAGAGAUGAGUUCGUCUACACCUCUUAGACUCCUCUCCCAUACACCUUCAUUGCUUUCUCCUUAUCCUUCGCCACCAUUCAAAUCUCUAAACCCUAAUUUCAUUCGCCGCUCCUCCUCUUCUUCUACUACUAUAACCACCUCGUGUUCUUCCCAGUGUCAGCGAUUCAGAUCCUACUCUCCGUCUAUUCCCAUGUGCUUGCCUAAAGGCCAAGACAACUUAGAUAUUUGGAGAAAUGAAGAUGAUCUUGUUACAUGUGGGCUUGAAUCCGAUGAAGAUUCCGGGCUUCGGAUUCCAACUCAGGCUCAAGCUAUCGUUGAAGGCUCUGGCUCAGUUGCUGUCUCAGAGCUUAAACCCGCCGUUGAUGUAGAUUACAUACAAGAGCUAUUGGCGAUACAACAACAAGGGCCAAGAUCAAUUGGCUUCUUUGGUAUAAGGAACAUGGGUUUCAUGCAUCAGGAACUCAUCGAGAUACUUAGCUACGCCAUGGUUAUUACAAAAAACCAUAUAUACACUUCAGGUGCAUCUGGAACCAAUGCGGCUGUUAUCAGAGGUGCAUUGCGAGCAGAGAGACCAGAGCUUCUUACAGUGAUUUUACCUCAAAGUUUGAAAAAACAACCUCCUGAGAGCCAAGAACUCUUGUCUAAAGUACAAAACGUUGUAGAAAAGCCAUAUAAUGAUCAUUUGCCAUUACUAGAAGCCAGCAGGCUGUGUAAUAUGGACAUCAUAUCACAAGUACAGCAAGUAAUAUGCUUUGCGUUUCAUGACAGUAAGCUUCUCAUGGAGACAUGCCAAGAAGCUAAAAAUCUCCGCAAGAUUGUCACACUCUUCUACCUUGAUUGAUUCCACUAUAUCUUAUUCAAGGAACAGACAAGUAGUUGUAAAUUGUGAAUCUCAUCAAAAAAAAAACAUAGGAUUCAUUCUUUUGUCUAAAUUAUGAUUUUAUAGGAUUUUUAUUUCUCAAGCUUUGUAACUUCACAUGAUAACAUUGUUUCUAUGCAUUUCAAGUUAUUUGAGCUUAAUUAGAUAAUUGAAAACAA